ACAUGCACACACACAGCAUAGAAUCAGUCUCACAGCCACCCACACAUACAUUUGCCUGGACAGGAUGGUCAAGAAAGAAUCACAUUCAUCUGACCACCUCACUGGAGAUUCUCAUAGAAGGAUAAUGACGACUAAACUGGUAACAGCCAUAGCUGCUUUCUUUCUCUUAGCAAGUAUAGCUGUCAUUAUUGCAAUAGCUACAGUUCAGGUGAAAAAGAAGACUUACAUUUCCCCUGGACUUAAGUAUGGUAUUGUGUUGGAUGCCGGCUCAUCGAGAACCACAGUAUAUCUGUAUCAGUGGCCAGCCGAGAAAGAGAACAACACCGGGGUUGUGACCCAGACUACAAAAUGUCAGGUUGAAGGUCCUGGUAUCUCAGACAUGACUGAAGAUGCCUGGAACAGCCUUAGAAAUUGUAUGGAAGAAAUAAAGAAAGUCAUCCCUCUAAAUCAACAUAAAUCAACGGCCAUCUUUCUCGGCGCAACUGCUGGAAUGAGAUUGCUUAAACAGAAGAAUGAAGAGCAGUCCAAUGAUGUCCUGCAAGCCAUGGACAAAUAUCUUCGUUCAUUGCCAUUCGAUUUCCAUAAUGCUUCCAUCAUCUCAGGUCAGGAAGAAGGGCUGUAUGGGUGGAUCACUGUCAACUACCUGAUGGGAAACUUCUUGGAGAAAAAUAUAUGGAAUGCUUGGGUUCAUCCUCAUGGAGCACAGACCGUGGGGUCACUGGACCUGGGUGGAGCCUCCACUCAGAUCGCCUUCACUGCCCCAUCUGAUGCCACAGGAACAGAUCUCAUCAGAAUUUCUCUCUAUGGCUAUGAAUACAAUGUAUACACACACAGCUUCCUGUGCUAUGGCAAAAAUGAGGCUGAAAAAAAAGUUUUGGCAGAGCUUGUAAAGAUGUCCUCUGAUUGGUCACGUAUAAAUCACCCAUGCUACCCUCUUGGCUUCAGCAACAGCAUGCUUGGAAAAGACAUAUUUGGCAGCGAGUGUACAAAGCUUAGUAUUCCGUCUCGAUAUGCCCCUGAGAGGUCCUUCACUUUCAUUGGACAGAGUGAUCCUUCCAAGUGCAAAAGUAUUGUCAAGAGGAUUUUUGACCUGAAGUCCUGUACUCGGAAAGAAAACUGCUCAUUUAAUGGAGUAUACCAACCACCUGUGACAGGUGACUUCAUGGCCUAUGCAGGAUUUUACUACACAGCAGGGACUCUGAAUUUGAAGGGCUCUAACAGUCUGGAGAAGUUUAACUCCACCAUGUGGUCAUUCUGCUCAAUGGAUUGGCAAACACUCAAGAAAAACUACAACAUUACAGAAAAACACUUAAAAUCUUAUUGUUACUCUGCAAACUAUGUUCAUACAAUUCUUGCAGAUGGAUACAAGUUUAAUGCUGGCAACUGGGAAACACUUGACUUUCAGAAGGAGGUCAACAAGACAAGUAUAGCCUGGUCCUUGGGCUACAUGCUAGCUCAGUCUAACAUGAUCCCUGCAGAGGCAAAGCUCUUGAAGCUACCCAUUUCCAACAGUGUGUUUGUUACUCUGCUCUUCCUGUUCUCCGCUCUCACCAUCAUCACCCUUAUGUUCCUCAUCAUCACGCUGGUGCGGAUCUUUUACUGAUGUCUCUGAAAGCCUGUCUCAGGAGCAUUUGUGCAGCAGCACUAUAAAAAAAGCACAACAAAAUGCAGGAAAACAUAUGUUUACCAUGCUGUCUGUGCCACUAGUUCAGCUAUUCCUGACAGGGCUCAGAAACAGGUUCUCACCACAAUAUUCACUGCCUGAAGUCUUGACAUCUCUACCAAAGAGAUGCACAAUAGCACAUGUAGCCUCUGAUAUAUUAUUGCAGCUAAAUGAGGGAUUACUCUUUAUUGCCAGAAUACAAAAUAAAAUAUAGCUUUUACGAUGAUUUAAUACUGAGAAAGAGGUCAAAGGAUUUCUAGAUUUGCUGACUGUGUUUAGAUUUUAUGACUUCAGUGUCAUGCGCCGUGUAGCUAAGACGCUUAAAAGGAAAUAAAGAGAAUGUGUUUAAAUUGAAUGGGCUUUAAAAAAAAAAAUGAGCAUUUACCAAUCAUACAUUUUAUAUGGCACAUGUCACAAAUGUUCAUGUAAUUCAAAUGACUCUACAUGAUUAUUAUUGUAACUAAAUUGAUCAAAACAACUUGACAUUAUUCAGUUUAAACAUGCUUUUACUAUGCUUCAAUAUGUGAAUCACUGCUUAAGGCAAAGUUGUGUGAGAUUGUGCUAGAUUUUUCACAAUGGUGACAGAUCUUAAAUCUAUAUUUAAAUCUAUUUCAAUUCAUACUGGAAUACUACGGUAAUAAGAGGCAACAGCAAUACUGUAGAAUUGUGAUAGUAUGUAUAGUAUUGUUCCAUAUGCUUUUUGGAAAGAGAAAGUCGUUAAAAGGAUUUAUCAUAUUUAGAAAGUCCAGAAUUAAUAUUUACUAAGUGAUUGUACUUGCCAGUGCUACUACUAAAGCUAUUGAUCUGUAACCACUUCAUUGAUGUGUUUUCUAUAUUGAAUGUGUUGCAACAGAAAGGCUCUAAUUUGUGGUUUUAUUUUAGAGCAAUAUAACAAACCAAGCCAAAGUGAUAAAUAGUAACCUGUAUAAAAGAACUCUACAUGUAGCCUUUAAGAACUUUCAGGUUAAUGUUCUGUGCAAACCUGCCUUAUAACGCACUACUAAACCCAAAAUAAUACUAAUCCAUUAAAGAAAAGAAAGAUAGUGGAAACAUGCUUUUCCAGCUUUAACAUUUUGAAAAAGGUUUACAUGGUGUUUUCAACAGAUCUGUACAUCUUAUUGGUUAAGAAGUAAAAAAUAAAUAAAAAUAAAAAAAAAAAUAGAAAAAAAAGGAAAAGGUUAAAGGUCCAUAGAUCACGCUGAAAAAUUAUAUUGCACAGGACACUGUUAUCUCCUAUCACAAUGAAGAAAGCAUACAUUUUUGUUGUUUUUUAUGUUUGCCUUGUUGUCUUGCACUGUGUGUUUUAAAUAGGUUUGAAUGCAUGUUACAUUUCAAUGCACAUUUUAGUGAAAUGAUA